AUGUUAUUUGAUACCGACCGAGAGACGAAAGAAUAUUUUAGGGGAACGAAAGAAAAUGAACUGACGGGCUGGAAGAAGGGCGUAGGCCUAACCCGUGGUGGUGGUGGAACGAAAGAAAAUGAACUGACGGGCUGGAAGAAGGGCGUAGGCCUAACCCGUGGUGGUGGUGGUGGUGGUGGUGGUGGUGGUGGUGGUGGUUUACUGUCACGGACAGCUGUCGGGCCAUGGAGACUGGGCGAGUUCUUGGGGCCAGCAGCCUCACCUCACAUAGCCGCCGCCCACUCCAAAACGCUGACGUCCAGAUGUAAUUCAAAGUCGACUGAAAAAGCUGUGUCGGCAAAAUCUGGUGACAGUAAGAUGACGCAGCGGCCGUCCCCGGAAGCGGCGGUGGCGGCGGCGGCAGCAGCCUCUGCCCCCGACUCGGCGUCUGCGGAGCGCGUGGCGCGCUACAAGGAGGAGCGCCGGCGGCAGCUGGCGGCGGCGCCCACCGCCGGGCCCGGCCCGCCCCCGCAGCGCCGCUUCAUCUCGCGCGCCGCCUCCGCCGCCUCCGCGACUGCCGCCUCAGCCUCCGCCUCCUCGGGCGACGCCCAGACGGCCGCCGCGCCUCGAGUUCGCACGACACGCACCUCCCGCCUCCGCUCCGCGGCCACCGCCUCUACCGACUCCAGCCCCAACGCAGCCUGCCGGCCUCGUGAAAAGUUUACCCUCUGCCGCGCCGCGCCGCGCCGCGCCGCGCGGGUUGCCGGCAGGGAGGAGCAACCAGGCAGCCGCAGCGCCGCGACAAAUGAGAAGCAGAUCCAGAGCGCGCAGUCGGACUCUGGGCCUCGCCGCGAGAAGGACAAGAGCGCCAAGCGGAAGUCCAACCUGAACCGCUGCCUCACCGCAGAGGCCGUCGCGCCAGCCGUCCAUUCAGGUGAGUUCACUUCUGAGACGACGCGCUGCGUGUACGCUGUUUUUACGGUGCUUAUUGUAAUAACGCUUCAAUUACUGGUGGCCAUACACCAGUAA